AAGGCGAGACUCUGAGAGGAGAGAGUUAGUUCGAACAAGCCAAGGACGAAGAACCAGCUGAAGUCCAGCUAGCUAGACCCUGGGACUCCUCUGACCCGCUGUCCUUCUAAAGGCCGGGCAGAGCAAGCCAGUGGUGCGACCCCAGAGCCGCGAAGGCUGAUGUCCUUGUAAGGGCCGGAUUCGUGUGGCUGGUGGUCAGGACCUGUGCCUUGGCUGGGCCAGGUCAGGUAGUCUCCUUGAGAGGAGGGUCGUAGUAUUGGUGGGGAGUCGGUGAGUUAGCUUGGGGAGUUAGCUCCCUUGAGAGAACGGGUGAAGAGGCCGUUACCUCUUCAAGUGUGAAGCUGUAACGGGCUCAGAGUUAAUAAAUAUGGGUUGCCUCUACUUCAACUGUCUCUGUCGUCACGGUGUCCACUACAUUAUUAUAAUUAGUUUAUUAAUUAGUUGAGUUGUGAAGAGGCAUGGCCUGCCAUACCCACCGAGGUUCAGCAUGACGGCAUGGUUCUGCUUGAUGUAUGGAAUCAGAUUUACAGAUUCAGAAUAUCAGAAUUAAAAUAUGUAUUGUACUGGAGGAAUCCGAUGAGGUGUCAGGGUCGAGAUGGAACCCGCGACCUCCUGCGUACCAGGCGAGGGAGUUAACAUCUCCUAGCCACCGCUGGUCACCGCACCAACUCCGCCCCCACACCCCCUCCGCCCCCUCACCCCACCGCCCCCUCCGCUCAGACUAAAGCGGAAGCCCUGGAGUACGUGUGGAGCAUCUUGCAGGGCGUGGAGGAGGAGGAGCAGCAGGAGGAGGAGUUCAGGGGAUUUGAGCUGAGGGAGGUGCACAAGGCCAGGAUGGCGAUGUUCAGGCUGGAGCGCAGAGCCACCGCCUGCAAGGAGGCCCUGAGGGUGGCGCUCCAGAGGAUACGUGGAGGCUCCUCCGUGCCGCCGGCCUCCGCCCAGGCUGUGGCGGUGUCGCGCAGCGCUCGCUCUCGCUACGGCCUGCGCCCGCGCGAGAGGAAAGUCUACACAGAGGUGGAGGAGCCCCAGGACGACGACUUCUUCUUCUGCGAGCUGUGCAGGGAUUUCUACCUGGGGGAGUGCUCCGUGCACGGCCCGCCAGAGUUCAUUGCAGACGCGGCCGUGGCCCCGGGAGUGGCCAACAGGGCCCGGCUCAGCCUGCCCCAGGGCCUCACCGUCGGCGCCUCCUCCAUCGCCGGCGCCGGCCUCGGGGUGUGGAGCAACAGGAAGAAGCUGCCCAAGGGGGUUCGUCACUGCGCGAGGAAUGAGCAGGAGCAGAACCUGGUGCCUUCCAGCACCGGGGGCAGAUUUACUACCGCACAUUCCGUGCCGUGGGGCCCGGCUCUGAGCUGCUGGUCUGGUGGAGUGGGUGUGGAGGUCACAAGGCUGCCGUGUCCUGCCUGCAACCGUCAGUUCAUCUGCCGCUCGAGUCUACA